GUGACACGGCUAAAAAUAUACAUAUAACCCCUGUAUAUAAAAAAUAUAUACAGUAUAAUCUCUGUAAUUGGAACCACCUCUUGCAUGGUGACCAGUAAAACGCAUCCACAUGUAAAAGCAGAUAUUGUGACAGAAUUUUGGUGACAUUUUGCUUAGUAUAUGUAUUUUUCGUCUACGGUCACUUGAAGGCUAUAAAAAAAAAGAGAGGUUCCUCCUCGGUUUUCCUGUGUCCUCAGUGACCGGAGCAGUAGAAGCGCAGCAGUGUGUACAGCAGGGAAGUGCUGCAGCGGUUCACCUCAGGAGACGCGGGAAAGCCCUGUCUCACACGUAGCACCAUGGUGUAAUGUCAGGGCGGAAUAGGGAAGGGGCGGUGCACGGCGCUGUAACUAACAUUCUUUCACCAGGAAGCGGUAACUUGUCGGUUCUGAAGAGACACAGGAGACUCCCGGCUAGAACUUCGCUGGACUUUCCAUGUUGCCAGUCGUGGAGGGCUGAGCUUCUCGCCUGUGGACACAAAGUGCUAUGUAGUGGACGCUAGGGAUCCACUGAAUACGUCCUCCAGCAUCGUGUAUGUGACAGGUAGUUUUGGCAAUACUUUUAUUCCAUGGAAUCGACAGCGGCAGUUAAAGAUGUGUCUCUUGAUGACAUCCGCAUGAGCUCCAAGGACCUGCUAGAUAAGAAGGAGAUAGAUUCUGGAGGAUUUGGCAAAGUCUAUUUAUGUUGUCAUCGGAGACAUGGUCUAGUGGCCCUGAAAACUGUGUAUACGGGAUGUAAGAAUUACUCGUAUACUAACGACCUGUAUGAAGAGGGUAAAAUGAUGCAUAAACUCAACCAUGAACGGAUUGUGAAGUUGCUUGGUAUCAUCCUAGAAGAUGGUAACUACUCUUUGGUGAUUGAGUACAUGACCAAAGGAAAUUUGUUGACCGUUUUAAAACAGGUAAUAGUACCAGUUUCAGUAAAGGCCCGAUUUAUUAUGCAAGUUAUUGACGGAAUGAUGUAUUUGCAUAAUCAAAAUGUGAUUCACAAGGAUCUGAAACCAGAGAACAUAUUAGCAGAUGAUGAAUUUCACGUAAAGAUUGCAGACCUUGGAGUUGCUGCCUUUCAGAAAUGGAGUUCUUUAACAAAGGAGGAGACAGCCCGCCAGCGGAGUCGUAGCAGGAUUGCGAGUACAGUGGGAACAAAGAAUGCUGGGACAUUAAGUUAUAUGGCUCCAGAGCACUUGAAGAGUUUAAAUAGAAAAGCCACAGAAAAAUCUGAUGUUUACAGUUUCUCAAUUGUAAUCUGGGUAAUACUGACCAACAAGGAACCCUAUGAAAAUGCAAUUAAUAGCCAGCAGUUAUCACUUUGUGUAACUAGCGGGGAGAGACCUGAUUUACAGGAGAGUCUGCAAUGUGGCCUAAAAGAAGCAUCGGAUCUCAUGCAGCAGUGCUGGAAAGAAGAGCCAGAAGAAAGGCCAACUUUUCGAGAUUGUGACAAUACAUUCAGGCCUUUAUACUGUCAAAAAUAUGAAAAGUAUAUAGCAAAGGAUGUGGCUGCAAUGAAGGAAUCGUACCCCAAGCCUGAUCCGUUUGUUCAGAGGAUGGCAUCUUUACAACUAGAUUGUGAUGCAGAGCCUCCCAGUAUCCCAAGAGAUGACCCCCUCUCACUACACAGCUCCUUGGGUUCAAGAAAUGGUUAUGUGCAUGAAGCUUUAUUUACUGCUAGUAACCAGCCUGUGGAAUGCGAGGAAGAAAAUAUUUUUUUGGAGAGAAAACUGCAAGAAGAAAAGAUUUACCACCAGACAGGAAGCCGCAUUGACAAUAUGACAAACCUUUCUAAUCCUACUCUGAGUGAGUUGAGUAGGAGAGUGUUCAGUAAAGCAAAGGAAAGGAAUUCUGCACCAAUCGAUUCUCAUCCUGCAAGCAUGCCAGAGCUAUACCUGCAACACCCAAACCUUUUUACCAGAGUUAGCAAACCUGUAGAUUUCAAAGAGCCCAAUGAAUUUCCAGAUGUUCCAGAGACUUAUCCUUUGUUAAAUAUACCCUAUCGGUUUCCACGUACCUUUCCACCUGCGUAUAGUCCUGACUCUUCUGUUCCACUUGAUUCUGCUAAGCAGCCAAUUGCAGAAUCGGGAAGACCAAAUCUCUAUCCUCUGCCUUCAAACCAUACCUAUGAUGCAGCCGUGAGCCAUGCAGUGGGCACAGAAGGCAACACUAUGUUCCCCAAGGGAAACUUUGGGUAUCCACAGAUGUAUUCACCAGAGAAAUCUGUCAAUUUGACUAUAUCAAACAGUACAGCCUUUCAGAUUGGAAAUAAUAAUUUCUUAAGUGCUGGAGGGGAGUUAGAUAUGAAAAUGAAUCCAGUCACUCAAGGCUCAUAUUACCAGCAGAAACUAUAUGCCGAAGUGCUUGGGAGCAAUGCUUUAUUAAAUGAAAACCAGAUGCAACUUUUGAGGGAAAAUUUGUCUCGGAAAUGGAAGGAGUUUGCACGCGCAGUUGGAUUUCGCCAGCCAGAAAUUGAAGAAAUUGACCAUGACUAUGACCGUGAUGGGUUGAAAGAAAAAGUAUAUCAGAUGUUACACAAAUGGCAGAUGAAGGAGGGGUCCAGAAAUGCCACCGUUGGAAAGGUUGCCACCGCUCUCGAUUCUCUUAAAGAUACUGACCUUCUCAACCAAUUAAUUAUGCUGAAUUAACAUGAAAACAAUGCAUGGUCUAAUAGUCAUGUGUGAAAAAUCACAUUGAACAUCUAGGGGGCUUUUCAUCCUGUUAUCACAUAAGAUGCCACAAGUGCUGGAUUCCAGUACAGACUAGGCCAUAUGCAAAUGUCACACUGGGAUAACCUUUUUUACACUCAUCACUUUAUAUUACUUGUACAGCAUUAUAUUGUAUAAAAUUAUUCUUAUGAUUGGACCAUUUGUAAACUAUGUUGCAUAUAGUACUGGCAAGAUAAUUUCCAUUUUAAUGAAGAUUUUAAAACCA